AGGAAUGAAAUUGUAAAGCGGGAAGGACACAGGUAUCUUGCCCAUCACUGAGCGUCUGAGGAAGAUGAAGGUGGAGAUGAGGAAGGUGCACGCCACGCUGCAGGAUGGCAUGGUGGGGAGUUGGACACCUCCAAAUGCGUCCACAGUGUUUGAUGGCAACACAACAUAUUGACUCGAUCGUCUGUGUGGGAACAUUCAUUCUGACUUUCCAAAGAAGAAUAUAUGGAGCCAUCCAACGACGAAUGACCUAAUCGGCAGAGACAUCAUCGCUCCGUAUCAGACGCUACUCAACCCUCUCAGCAAACUCAACAUUCUCAACAACCUCCACUCACAUUUUCUCCUGGUGGACGACUGCACGGUGGGCAUGUACGGCGCGGAGGUACAACUGCGACGGGACCUAGAGAAGCACAUCAACCUCCAAAGAAUACAUGCGCGUAUUGGUCAAGGUGUUCCUGUAGUGGCACUCAUCUUCGAGGGCGGUCCCAAUGUGAUCUUGACCGUGCUUGAUUACCUUCAGGAAAGCCCUCCUGUCCCGGUGGUGGUGUGUGAGGGAACGGGCCGAGCUGCUGACAUACUGGCGUAUGUCCACAAGCAGACCGAGGAGGGAGGCGGUCUUCCAGAUGGCGUGGAGGCAGACAUCAUUGCAACCAUCAAGAAAACCUUCAACUUCAGCCAGAGUGACGCCAUCCAUCUUUUUCAGACUUUGAUGGACUGCAUGAAGAGGAAAGAAUUGAUCACUGUGUUUCACAUCAGCUCAGAAGAGAGCCAGGACAUUGACGUUGCCAUCCUGAAGGCCUUACUCCAAGGUACAAACGCGUCUGCCUUCGAUCAGCUGGUCCUGACUCUAGCCUGGGACCGUGUGGACAUUGCCAAAAAUUAUGUGUUUGUGUACGGACAGCAGCUUUUGGUUAGCUCUUUGGAACAAGCCAUGCUCGACGCACUCGUCAUGGACAGAGUGGACUUUGUCAAGUUACUAAUUGAAAACGGCAUCAGCAUGCACCGCUUCCUGACAAUCAGUCGACUGGAAGAGCUUUACAACACGAAACAACCUCCUAACAAUCCAACUCUUCUUCACCUGGUUAGAGAUGUUAAGCAGAGUCACCUGCCUCCAAAUUACAAGAUCACCUUGAUUGAUGUCGGCCUGAUUAUUGAGUACCUGAUGGGUGGGACCUACACCAGGAAACGCUUUAGAAUCAUUUACAACAAUCUCCAUGGCAACAGUCGGAGGUCUGGGCGCCACCCAACCGGUCCGGGCUCUCAUUUGAGGAAAAGUCAUGAGUCAUUCAGCAUGCAGGCCGAUAAAAAGGAGAAGACGAGGCACAACCAUUUCAUCAAGACUGCACAGCCUUACAAACCCAAGCUGGAGUCCCCCAAAGAGCAGAACAAAAAGCGGGUCAAAGAAGAGAUCGUGGACAUCGACGACACCAGAGCCUUGGCCAUGUUUUCCUCGCCAUGCUGCCAGAAGAACAGCGACAUUUUCUGCCGUUUCAAGAGUACGGCCCACACCAGCAGUUCAUUGAAUGAGAGCUCUCAACGCUGAGUUGAGCGUCCUCAAUGGUGAAUUGAAGUUUCUGAAGGCAGAACGGGCCCAUCAAAUAGAGCUGGCCCAACUCAAGGCACAGUUGGGAGGAGGUGGCCCGCCGCCGCCUUCUCCUGGAGAUGAUACCAGCCAGGAUGACAUGUACAUGGAACACCAAAGCCCGCUGCCUUCUCAACGUCCUAGAGAUUGUGGCAAUGAAGGUACCAGCCAUGACCCGGACAUGCCACCAGCCAAAAAGACAAAAAAAUAAAAAGGACUUUCAACUCACAUUGGCCGAAUUGGUGCCACACCAGAGAGAAGCAGUGGAGGCCAAAAUGCGUGGAAUGGCAUAUAAGAGCGAAGAGUUUGCUCUUAAAACUGCCAAAAAGAAGAACAGAGCGGAGAUGGCUUC